AUGUCAUUUUGGAAAUAUUUUAUUUUGAUAUCUUUUGUCGUAAACGUUCAAGGUGAAUCAACAAAUGCAUCUGAUUAUGUUUGUCCCAUACAGAACUCGAGUGUUCAGUUCACAUUGUGGUAUUCCGCACAUUCUGCUUGGCAACCUUCAACCAAUUGUUUUUUGUCUCUGUGUAUGAAUCGUUCAAGUAGCAACACUAGCACUUGUCGUACAUCGUCCACACCAUGUUUUGAUUAUCGCACGGCUACCAAUACGAGUUAUUGUGCUCCAGCGGGUUUAUGCUCUCUUCUAGAGUCCUGCAAUAGCACCACAGGUACAUGUGCGUCCAAUAGCUCUAUAUGUGUUGUGAAUUCGUGCUGCACUCCAUCGGCAGUGUGUUUACCAUUUUUUUGGAUCAAUAUUUGCUCGUCAGACAAUGACACAAGUACUACAAUGACGAGCACAAUGACGUCUACAACAUCAGCGAUCACACAGACAUCAUCAGCGUGGCCAUGUGCAGCAUGGGAUCAGAAUCCAGUCAUCAUUACUGGAACCGGGAGUGUUGGAAGUGGUUCCAAUCAGUUGAACGAGCCACGUGAUGUUGUCAUUGACAAUUAUUUUAAUAUCUAUGUCAGCGAUGCAUUCAACCACCGAAUUCAAAAGUAUACAAAUAGUAAUACAAUUGGAAUCACGCUGACGAGUGGUGGUGGUAGUGGAUCCAGUCGAGUUAAUUAUCCCACAGGUUUAUGGAUCGAUCAAGAUGGAAAUCUAUAUUUAGCCGAUUAUUUCAACUGCAGAGCAAUGAAGUAUAAUAAUAUUUCGUUCACAUCUUUGUCAAUACCUAUUGUUGGUCAAGUCGUUGCUGGCGGUAGCUGCGGAAGCGGCUUAAACCAGCUAAAAGAUCCUGCUGCUGUGUUAGCUGAUGAUAUGGGCAAUGUGUAUGUGACAGAAAAUGGAAACAAUCGUGUGACUCGAUGGCCACCUGGUUCCACAAGUGGUACUGUAGUUGCCGGUAUUGGAAGUGGUGCUAGUGGGAACAGCACGAACGCCUUAUCGUGCCCAUUUGGUAUCCAUCUGGAUUCAAAUUCCACACUUUAUAUUGCAGAUUCCUGCAAUAAUCGGGUUCAGAAAUGGCUGUCUGGAAGCUCAACUGGGACAACUGUAGCCACUAUUGGUUACCCAACUGAUGUUUUGGUAGAUAGCUAUGGCAUCAUGUAUGUAUCCAGUGGGGGUAAUAUAUACCGAUUUUAUCCGAACUCUACGUCUGGUACGAUAGUGGCUUCUGUAGCUCGAGGUUUGUCUUUUGGUUUUAAAUUUGAUGCAAUUGGCAAUCUUUAUGUUACUGAAUAUUUCACGGGCGUUUUAAAAAAAUUCAAUCAAGUUAGUACGGCUUGUGUUCCACUCUCAUGGUAUGGUGUCCAACGUAAUGCAGACCUAUCAACCCUAUCAAAUGGGUGGUCUGAAUGUUAUCGUGAUACUUAUGCUGUUUCAUUAAACGAAAGUAUUCUAACAUCAAUUUUUAACGCCUGUAACAAGGGUCAAUUGUUACUAGCUUGUCGAGCUGUGAAUAGUAGUUUGCUCACAGUAGCUGCCAUGGGAUUACGCGCUGAUGUACUCUUCAAUUGUAGCUCGUCAUCAUCCUGUACACACGUAGCAAACGGGGUUGGCUGGUAUUACUCGAACAAUUAUUCAUGGGGCUUCGUCAAUAACAAUGAUACAGUUUCACGAAACCCAUGUGAUACGAUACAGAUGAAUCCAAGUUAUGGACUCUGUUGGCAUACUGGACAAUCGUUUGGUGGCGUUCAAUGUGGCGCAAAUAUUUUGUCUCCUUCGAACUAUACAAACUUUGAGCGUAUCAUCUAUCAUUCAUAA